AAUUUCCUACUUUCACUUUCUGGUGCCGACCUUGCAAACGCAAGUUUUGGGAGAACAUUUCCCUUCAAAUGGGGGGUUCUAGCAGUACGAGGCGGGUCGAAUUUAAUGAUCCAAACGAUCCUAUUGUGAUUUCUCAAGAUGUGGCAAGGAGAAUUGGAAUGGAUCCAAACAAUCCUGCUAAACCUGCAAGGAGGAAACUGGAAAGUGAAGAGGAACUGACAGAUUUAUAUAACAGUAAAAUUAAAGAACUGGAGGCCAAGAAUGCUGAUUUGUUAAAAGCCAGAGUUAGUGAGUUUGCACAGGCUGUGCAAGAAGUAGAGAAGAAAUUCAUGAACACCACAGGAUCUCCGGUGUGCCAGGACCUACAAGACAAAGUUUUCCGCUGCUACACAGAAAACAAUAAAAAGACACUGCUAUGUUCUGAAGAAGUUAGAGCUUUCUUUGAAUGUGUAGAGAGAGCACGAGCGAAUGCUCUGAUGAGAAAAGGCUAAGGAGGAGUACUGUUCAUCAUUUACUACACACAUUUAUAACAUAAAGUGACAUUAAAGCAUCACUAUAUAAUAGUGGUAUUGACAUUCUUGUUGUGACUAUUAAGCAAUGCAGUAAUUAAUAAAGUUUGUAUAACAUGA